AUGACGGCAUCAGCGCUGGCGUAUCUGGAGCCUGACUCUUCAGCAGAGCUGACUGGUGUAUACCACCUCGUACUGGAUCGGCCCGAAGCUCGCAAUGCCAUUUCACGAUCUCUGUUGCAAGAUGUGCUACAAUGUCUACAAGUGCUUGUUUGCAAGAUCACUCAACCUAAACAAGACGAGCCCUUACCUCGCGUUCUGAUCCUUCGAGCCAACGGCCCAUGCUUUUGCGCAGGAGCAGAUCUCAAGGAGCGAAGGGAGAUGUCGGAAGCCGAGGUCAUUGAGUUUCUUCAAGAUCUGAGGCAUAUGCUCGAGCAGGUCGAGAAGCUGCCCAUUCCAACUCUUGCUGCCAUCGACGGACCGGCCUUAGGUGGUGGACUGGAGCUCGCUUUGGCGUGUGACUUCCGGAUCGCAGCCGAAACUGUGAGCAAGAUCGGCUUUCCUGAAGUCAAGCUUGGUAUCAUUCCGGGUGCAGGAGGAACACAGAGAGCCCCUCGGAUCAUUGGCAUGCAACGGGCCAAAGAGCUGAUUUAUACAGGUACUCAGCUGAACGCGACACAAGCCAAAGACCUGGGCUUGAUUGACCAUGUCGCUCCAGGAUCAACGUGUCUCAAGCUCUGCCAGGAGCUGGCGCAGCAGAUGAUGCCUUCCGCUCCCUUGGCACUUCGAGCUGCAAAGAUGGCGAUCAGUAUGGGCGCCAAUGUGGAGCUAGCUCGUGGACUCGACCUCGAGUGGGCCUGCUAUGAGCCACUUCUCGAAAGCAAGGAUCGAAGAGAGGCUUUGGAUGCUUUCCAACAGAAACGCAAACCAAUCUUCACUGGCAAAUAG